AUGGUUCAUACAACAAAAAAUUAUGCAACAACAGAUGCCACAUCAUUCCAUGUGUUUGGACGAGUGUUCAGUGGGACUCUGUACGCUGGACAAGAUGUUCGUAUUCUUGGAGAAAACUAUAGCAUCCAGGACGAAGAGGAUUGUCGCGUAAUGACUGUGGGCCGGCUUUGGGUUAGUGUCGCGAGAUAUUCUAUCGAAGUAUCGCGUGUACCAGCAGGAAAUUGGGUUCUUAUUGAGGGAAUUGAUCAGCCAGUGGUAAAAACAUCAACCAUAACGCAAAUUGAAUAUGACGAAGAUGUAUAUAUCUUUCGUCCACUUAAAUUCAACACAAAAUCAGUUGUUAAACUUGCGGUGGAACCGAUCAAUCCUUCGGAGCUUCCAAAAAUGCUGGACGGCCUUCGAAAAGUGAAUAAGUCAUAUCCGUUACUGACAACACGUGUUGAAGAGUCCGGUGAACAUGUGAUGCUUGGGACUGGAGAACUGUACAUGGACUGUGUAAUGCAUGACAUGCGAAAGGUUUGCAUUCUCGGACGUAUGCAUAAAAAUUAUAGUGCUACCACAAGCAAUGGGUACUUUUUACGAUUCCUGUUUGGCUUUCAGGUAUUUUCGGAAAUCGACAUCAAAGUGGCUGAUCCUGUUGUAUCAUUUUGCGAAACAGUUGUCGAAACAUCAUCGUUGAAAUGUUUCGCGGAAACUCCAAAUAAAAAGAACAAACUGACAAUGAUAGCUGAACCGUUGGAGAAAGGUUUGGCCGAAGAUCUCGAAAAUGAGGUUGUACAAAUUGGCUGGAAUCGAAAACGGCUUGGUGAAUUCUUUCAGACCAAAUACGAAUGGGAUUUGCUAGCCGCUCGAAGUAUUUGGGCAUUUGGCCCGGAUGCGGCUGGUCCAAAUGUGCUUCUUGAUGAUACGCUACCAUCGGAGGUUGACAAGCAAUUACUGGGAACUGUUCGAGAAUCUCUCGUUCAGGGUUUCCAGUGGGCCACUCGUGAAGGACCGCUCUGUGAAGAACCAAUACGCAAUGUGAAAUUUAAAAUGUUGGAUGCUGUAAUUGCUGGUGAGCCACUGUAUCGCGGUGGCGGCCAGAUCAUCCCGACGGCUCGUCGAUGCGCUUACUCCGCUUUUCUUAUGGCAACUCCACGCUUAAUGGAACCGUAUUAUUUUGUGGAAGUAACCGCUCCAGCUGAUUGCGUUAGUUCGGUUUACACCGUACUGGCAAAACGACGUGGCCACGUGACCACGGAUGCUCCAAUACCGGGCUCACCGUUAUACACGAUCAAAGCUUAUAUACCAGUGAUCGAUUCAUUUGGCUUUGAAACCGAUUUGCGAACACAUACACAGGGCCAGGCAUUUUGCUUGGCUGUUUUUAGCCAUUGGCAGGUAAUUACUAUUUGUUAG